AUGCUUUCAAGAGUCAUUUUGUUGUCUGCUUUGACGGCUGUAGCUUUCUCGUGUGAUACGGUGUGGCCAAACGGAACCGAUAAGGCGUUGACUUGGUUCCCAUCUUGCGCGGGAGCGAUCACAUUUUACUCACUCUCAACCCAAGAUCAAUCAGGAAAAGCCGAAUACCCGAUCACUCUUACAAAACCCUUGGUGAUCAUCACCGAUAUCAACAACCCAAAAAAUGUCUAUGAGUCGCCAAACUUGAAGCAAACGAUCAAUUUGUGGUCGUGGGGAGGACUUGGAGCAUGUCAAUGGUCAACUGUGCCAACACUGGGACUUCUUAGCAACCUCGAUGCUUGCACCAACGGCGUUCCUUGCCCAGUGAAAACCGGUCGUCAAACUCUUCCCAUCACAAUGGAUUUCACUGGAUAUGAUUCGAUCAUCAAAUUGUUGAAAGAUGACUCUCCGUAUCAACUCGAAAUGGUCCUCAACGAUAACAAAACGAAAGACAAAAACAUUUGGUGGUCUUCGUGUGGCGGUCCGGUACAAUACUAUUCAGCUAAAAUUACAGAUCUGAAUGGCAAAGAGGAAUACCCGAUUCGUUUGACGGAGCCCAUUGUUGUCACCGUUGAUGCGGAUAAUCAGGGAAAAGCUUACGAUGAGCCAAAUUUGCGUGCCACGGUGAAUCUCUGGUCGUGGGUGGUCAAUUCUUGCGGUUGGACCGCAGUUCCGACCUUGGGACUUCUCUCCGAUCUGGAUGCAUGUGAAGAGGGAGUGCCAUGUCCUGUGAAAACCGGCCGUCAAACUCUUCCACUGACGAUGGAUUUCACCAAAUUUGACAGUAUCAUUAAGCUGCUCAAAGACGAUCAACCCUAUCAAAUUCAACUACAGCUCAAUGACAAACUCUCUGGAGACAAAACUUGUGUGACGGCUCAAGCGAGAUGCAGGACUAAA